UUGUUUUAUUUCCGUUUCCUUGAGCUGUCAAUUCGGACGCCAUAUUUGAUAAGUUCCUAAUGAGAAACGCCGAAGCGUUACCCAAGAAAUAAAGGAAAUUAACGUAAAUUAUAUCCUAAUUUAUUCAAUAAAUAAGUUAAAAUGUCAGGCGGAAGCAGCAGCAACAGAAAUGAAUGCAGAAUAUACGUUGGCAACCUUCCCCCCGACAUAAGGACAAAGGACAUUCAAGAUCUAUUUUACAAAUUCGGCAAAGUUACGUUCGUUGAUCUGAAAAACAGAAAAGGACCACCAUUUGCAUUCGUCGAAUUUGAGGACCCGAGAGAUGCAGAUGACGCUGUCCGCGCUCGCGACGGCUACGACUACGAUGGGUACAGGCUGCGCGUGGAGUUCCCUCGCGGCGGCGGCGGCGGCGGAGGCCGAGGUGGCCGCGGAGGCCCCGAGCGCUUCGGCGCCCGCACCGCCACCCGCGGCCCGCCCGCCCGACGCUCCGAGUACCGCGUGCUCGUCACCGGCCUGCCGCCCUCCGGCUCCUGGCAGGACCUCAAGGACCACAUGCGCGAGGCGGGCGAUGUCUGCUUCGCCGACACCUUCAAAGAUGGCACCGGUGUUGUCGAGUUCUUGCGCCACGAGGACAUGAAGUAUGCUGUCAAGAAACUUGAUGAUUCAAGGUUCAGAAGUCAUGAGGGCGAGGUGUCGUACAUUCGCGUGAAGGAAGACUACGGCGGCGGCGGCGGAGGCGCUGACCGCUACAGCGGAGAUCGCGACAGGUCCCGCUCGUACUCCCCGCGGCGGCGCGGGUCGCCGACGUACUCGCCCGUGCGCCGCUCCUACUCGCGCUCGCGCAGCCGCUCGCGCAGCCACAACUACUGAGCACAGCUGCCGGAGCGGCGGGCGGCGGCGCGGCGGCGGACGGCACACACGCUAGACAUAAGACACGUUACUGUAGCGGCCGAGCGCCGGCCGCGGCCGAGCCUGGCCGACUGGCGGCCGACACUCGGCCGCGGCCGGCGGCCGAUGCGGGCGCGGCAGUAGCUCGGCCGCGUCCGCUCGCGUUGUAUUCCCGACUGUUUAUAAUUAAAAGCAUUUUCUUUUGUUUCAUCCACUGUGGAUUGGGCUCGUUGGAUGUGCUUGGCUGGAGGUGUGAGUCAGGAUAGAGCCUCGCGUGUAGGAUCGGACCGCACCGGCGGAUCUCUGGCGGACAUUUGACUAUUUGUCGCGUGGAUGUAAAGUUCCCUUUGGGAUGUUGGAUUUGGUAUCGGACGGUUGCGGCGCCACCUCCGCGCUGGAUCAGGAUCAGGACCUUUGGGUAUGAAUAUUCAAAUUAAUUGCAAAAUAACUUAUGUUGAGUGCACGCUCGGUACAGAGUAUUAAUGUUUGUUUGGAUAUCCUUAACUCACACUUUAUUUGCUUCUCGAUGUCUGCCGUUUAUUUCCUAGACGUAGGACGUCGGUCAGAGACGAUAUGACAGAAAUUUUCUAUUAGCUUUGCUCAUUAGUGUGUUAGACCUAACAAUUCAGUGUCAUAUAUAAAUAAUUAGCAUGCUUUAUGAGCUUUCAUACAACCUACCUGCGUGACAGCGAUACGAGGCGUAUGUCUGGAUGUCUGGCCGAGAAUGGAUGUUGUUUUAAAAAUUGACGUAUUAUGUAAGUAAUAGAAAUUGUAAUGAUGUGAUGUUAGGGAGUCGAGAUAAAUCACAAAUGUAUUGUAACGUGCGCGUCGCCGACGCUCGAUAUCAUAGCUGUAAUGUGUGGACAUACAUGAUGUAAUUUAGGUACUGGAUCUGCAUUCCAAAGACCAACACAGUUUGAUGGACUUAAUAAAUUCCUUACAAAAGA